UUUCCACGCAAAAAAGUACAUUAAAAAAAAAAAAAAAAAAAGGAAAGGAGUAUUAAGCCAGAGUAGGGCUUUUUUUCUGUCCAAGUCUUGUCGCUCACGACCGACCCCCCCAAUUCAUACCGUUCUACGCUUCAAACCAUGGAGGCCCUCCUGCAGCAGUCUCGGUCCCUGUGUCCAUUCCUGAGCAAGACGUCCCCGUCUACCCUGCGCUCGCUGUCCACCAGCACCCGUCCUCAUGCCUCCAGCCCCGGGGGUGGCACCAUCUCCAAUCUCCAGGUCAUUGCCAAGCGAUGUCCCAUCAUGAGCAAGGCCCUGGCCGUGCAGAGCUCGAGGAUGGCUGCCGGAUGCCCCAUCAAGGGACUCGGCGCCGCCAUGAGGGUCUCUGUUCAUGGGAAGAGGGCAAUGCAUACCAGCGCAGUGAGGCAUGCCAACGUUAGAGAUGAGGUGAAUAAGAAGGCACAGCGAGUGCCUCCUGUUCUCUUGAGCAACAAGCCCUCUGAUGCUUUGAAACGUGACACUGUCUGUCCUGGCCCCAAGCCGGCGGUUCCACCGGCUGGGAAGUUCGACUACGAAGCGUUUUAUGCGGCUGAGCUUGAGAAGAAGCACAAGGACAAGACUUAUCGCUACUUCAACAAUAUCAAUCGGCUUGCCCGUGAGUUCCCCAAGGCCCACAUGGCAACUUCUGGGGAUAGAGUCACUGUCUGGUGUGCCAACGACUACCUUGGCAUGGGGCGCAACCCGUACGUUCUUCGCACCAUGCAUGAGACGCUGGACAACUAUGGUGCCGGUGCCGGCGGAACGAGAAAUAUUUCCGGCCAUAACCAGCACGCCGUUGCUCUGGAGGACACCCUUGCGAGACUCCACAGGAAAGAGUCUGCCUUGGUGUUCAGCUCUUGCUAUGUCGCCAAUGAUGCUACUUUGGCCACCCUGGGAUCCAAGUUACCGGACUGUGUAAUCCUUUCUGACAGCCUGAACCAUGCCUCGAUGAUCCAGGGCAUUCGCCAUUCUGGAGCUAAGAAGAUGGUGUUCAAACACAAUGAUCUUCAGGAUCUGGAGAACAAGCUGGCUUCUUUGCCUCCGUCUACACCGAAGAUCAUUGCUUUCGAGUCUGUCUACAGUAUGUGUGGGUCGAUUGCUCCUAUCGAAGAAAUCUGUGACCUCGCCGAGAAGUACGGUGCGAUCACUUUCCUCGACGAGGUUCACGCCGUGGGCAUGUAUGGGCCGCACGGUGCUGGUGUCGCUGAGCACUUGGACUACGAUGUGCAUGCUUCCGCCCCUGAGAACAUCAAGGGUACCGUAAUGGACCGAAUUGAUAUCAUUACCGGUACUCUUGGUAAAGCGUAUGGUUGCGUUGGUGGUUAUAUCGCAGGAUCGGCCCGGUUUGUCGAUACAAUCCGCUCCCUCGCUCCCGGUUUCAUCUUCACAACGUCUCUCCCUCCUGCCACGAUGGCUGGUGCAGCUACCUCGAUCAAGUACCAAGCUGGAUAUGGUCGCGACCGCACCCUCCAGCAGCUCCAUACCCGCGCCGUCAAAGCUGAACUCAACGCAAGUGAUAUUCCUGUCAUACCUAAUCCCUCUCACAUUAUCCCUAUCCUCGUCGGUGAUGCCGAAGUUGCCAAGCGCGCCUCUGACAUGCUCUUGGAGGAUUAUGGCAUCUACGUCCAAGCUAUCAAUUACCCCACCGUCCCUCGUGGCGAAGAGAGGCUGAGAGUCACGCCUACUCCAGGCCACAUCAAACCUCUCCGGGACCAUCUUGUCGCUUCACUCAAGCAAGUCUGGGAACGCUUGGGUAUUCGCAAGACUAGCGAUUGGAAGAAAGUUGGUGGAUUUUUGGGCGUUGGGGACGAAGCUGCCGUAAAGGACGCCAAAAAUCAACCCAUGUGGACUGAUGAGCAGCUUGGUCUCGCCCAGGGCGAGGACGUCGAAGCUGCUUUGCGGCGAGAGCUUCAGGCCGAGACUAUCGAUAAGCAGCGUAUGCUCAACGAGUUGGCUGAGCCGGUUGGUAUGUCCACCCCUGUAGCUCCAGCCGUGAAGGUGACUGCCUAAAGAGAAUUUCGGGAAUUCAACUGUUCUUUGACUUUGAUUUGGCGGACGGGUAAUAGCUUGGGUUUCAUCUAUACAUUCCUUUACACAAUUUCAGAUGUGACAAUUUACCCACAUAUUCCACAAAUCCGGUCAAAUAUCAGAUAUCUUUUAUUUUUGCAGCUUCUCCCUGUGAAGUAU